AUGGAAAAUAUCAAGCCAGAAACAUUACGAAAGAAGCUGGAAAGGCCAUCCAGCAUGGCGGCCAAGUGGAAAUUAAUGCCCAAAGGCUGGAAACCCCCAGAGAUUCAUGUUGACCCCAAAUACGAAAGACUAGGCUUGCCUGGAUUCUUCGAUGAAUACUAUAUCUUCUUCUACGGGACGUUGAUGGACAAGAACAUGCUCGCUAAAGUCCUUGACAUGUCUCCUGACAGUGAGAGGCUGAAUUUACGACCGGCCCGAAUUGAUGGCUAUCACACAAAACUCUGGGGGCCAUACCCGGCGCUUCGACACGGCCCCGAUUUUGGUCAUUUUGUUGAGGGCAUGGCGUUUGAGGUGCAUAACCAAGCUGAGGUGGACCGGUUAUGUGCCUAUGAAACUGAUAAAUACCUGAUAGACGCCUGCGCAAUUGAGUUUCUUGAUAUUGAGAAUUCGAGGAUGCAGAAGGUAUUUGGUAAAACUUUUGUGUGGAAUGGGAGCCCCGAAGAGUUAACUGAAGGGAAAUACAAUCCAAGCAUGAGCAGUUAA